AUGACUGCUGAUCAAGACAAAGCUAAUCAAAAGACUAAAGACCUUCUCAAGGCAGCUAUACUAAUGAAGGCAACAUCUUUCUCCGAAGAUUCAUACUCCUUCCCAAAACAUGAAGCAAUGUCGAUCAGCUUUAGAGACGAUAGCGAAGAGAUGGACAGUGAUCAAAAAAGUACAGAGGAGGAGCAACGAUACCGAAAAAAGAAAGAGUUGAACAGGUUGGCUGCACAAAGAAGCCGAGAGAGGCGGAGGCAGCUAAUAAAACAGUUGGAGCAGGAAGUCAAAGAGCUUGAAAGCUGCAACGAUUCAAUGACAACAGAAAUUGCGAGCAUGCGCAGUGAGAUCAAGCAGUUGGAUUUCAUGUUGCAGAGUCACUCGUGCAAGAUGACGCAAUGA